AUGGCGGAGGUCAUAGGUCAGGGAAGGUUUGCUACUGUUAAGAGAUGUAUUGAACAGUCGACAAAAUGUGAGUGUGCUUUGAAAGUGGUUGACAAGAGAGAUGUGACGAAGGAGGAGUUGAGUCUGCUGAAGAAUGAAGUGCAGAUGAUGAAGACCAUACGACACGCCAACAUCAUCGAGUUGUUUCACGAUUGGGAGACAGCUUUACACAUGUACAUCAUCAUGGAGUUUGCUAAUAUUGGUGACCUAGGCCUGGCCACAACUGUCAGCCAGCCACUGUUCACCGUCUGUGGCACCCCCACUUACGUUGCCCCGGAAGUCAUUUCGGAAGUUGGUUAUGGCUUGGAAGUUGACGUUUGGUCGUUGGGCAUACUGACUUACAUAUUACUCUGUGGCUAUCCUCCAUUUUCAAGCGACAUCGACGACCAGGACGAACUCUUCGAUCAGAUCCAGUCAGGGAAGUACGAAUUCGAGUCGCCAUAUUGGGAUCACGUGACUGAGGAGGCCAAGGGAUUGAUAAACGACAUGUUGGAUAUUGAUCCGAAGAAAAGAUUGACAGCUUCUGAUGUGUUUCAUCAUGAUUGGAUUUUGGUAGGGUUCACUCGUUUGCUCAAGCAACAACCGAAACAACAACAACAACAACAUGACUGGAACGGCGAUACAAAGAAGAAUGACGUCAUCAUCAACAACAACAGCAGCAGCAUGCAACAAUCGCAGCACAUCAGCAACAACAACACCGCAACGACAGCAGAUGAAACCGCUCAACAACAUCAAUUCACCAUCAUUGACGACGACGAUAUUGAUGACGUCAUCGAUAAAACAACAGCAUCAACAACAACAUCAACAACAUCAUCAACAACAUUAAUGAAUCAUUUAAAAAGUGACCUGGUUCGAAUCCAAUCAGUCCACAGGCUGCCUCAGACUCAUUCAGCUCCCGGUGUUCUCAACGGCCUGAUGGACAGAAAGUUGAAGUACAUAGGAUGCAAGAAGCAGAUCCACAUGUCACCCCGCAAGAAACACCCUCCAAUAAGUGAAGAGGAAGAUGAAGAUGGUGAUGAAGAAGAUGAAGAUGGUGAUGAAGAAGAUGAAGAUGGUGAUGAAGAAGAUGAAGAUGGUGAUGAAGAAGAUGAAGAUGCUGAUGCUACAAAACAAUAUAUCGCUAAUACAACUGAUACAAGCUUAUUUCAUUUGCAGGGGCAACAAAAAUCAAUCCGGGAAAGCACUUAA